GGGGCCUGGCCCCGGCGGCGGCGGGAGGCGUCGCUGGGGCGCGGCCCGCGUAGGGGGCGGAGGCGAAGGUCCUGCGAGCAAAGUCCAGGCUCCGCCGCCGCAGCGCCCCACGCGCCCCGCGGCUCGGACAGAAAGAGCUCGAGGUUGGAGGUUGACAUGGAUGUUGAGGCGGGAAGGAACGGAAGCGUCCGGUGCCCCGGGAGAGAGGAGGACGACUUUGAACUGAGCAGUAGCAGCAACCCAGACACGAAAAAAAAGGAGAGCGUGAACUUGAUUGGACCAUUAACCUUGUUUCGAUAUUCUGACUGGCAGGAUAAAUUAUUGAUGUCCCUGGGCACUGUCAUGGCCAUAGCUCACGGAUCAGGUCUCCCCCUCAUGAUGAUAGUAUUUGGACAAAUGACUGACAAAUUUGUUGAUACUGCAGGAAAUUUCUCCUUUCCAGUGAAUUUUUCAUUGUCAACGCUAAAUCCAGGCAGAAUUCUGGAAGAAGAAAUGACUAGAUAUGCAUAUUAUUACUCAGGAUUAGGUGCUGGAGUUCUUGUUGCUGCUUAUAUACAGGUUUCAUUUUGGACUCUGGCAGCCGGCCGGCAAGUCAGGAAAAUUAGGCAGGAGUUUUUUCACGCUGUUCUACGACAAGAAAUAAGCUGGUUUGAUGUCAGCGACACUAGUGAACUGAAUACAAGGUUAACAGAUGACAUCUCCAAAAUCAGUGAAGGAAUUGGUGACAAGGUUGGAAUGUUCUUUCAAGCAGUAGCCACGUUUUUUGCAGGAUUCAUAGUAGGGUUCAUUAGAGGAUGGAAGCUCACCCUCGUGAUAAUGGCCAUCAGCCCUAUCCUGGGACUCUCUGCAGCUGUCUGGGCAAAGAUACUCUCAGCAUUUAGUGACAAAGAACUGGCUGCAUAUGCGAAAGCAGGAGCUGUGGCAGAGGAGGCUCUGGGGGCCAUCAGGACUGUGAUAGCAUUUGGGGGCCAGAACAAAGAGCUGGACAGGUAUGAGAAACAUCUACAAAAUGCCAAAAAGAUUGGAAUUAAAAAGGCGAUUUCAGCAAGCAUUUCAAUGGGCAUUGCCUUCCUAUUAAUAUAUGCAUCAUAUGCACUGGCCUUCUGGUAUGGAUCCACUCUAGUUAUAGCAAAAGAAUAUACUAUUGGAAAUGCAAUGACAGUCUUCUUUUCAAUUCUGGUCGGAGCUUUCAGUGUUGGACAGGCCGCUCCGUGUAUUGACGCUUUUGCCAAUGCAAGAGGGGCAGCCUAUGCUAUCUUCAAUAUUAUAGAUAAUAGUCCUAAAAUUGACAGUUUUUCAGAGAGAGGACACAAACCAGACAGCAUCAAAGGGAAUUUGGAGUUCAAUGAUGUUCAUUUUUCUUAUCCAGCUCGAGCUAAUGUCAAGAUCUUGAAGGGCCUCAACCUGAAGGUUCAGAGUGGGCAGACGGUGGCCCUGGUUGGGAACAGCGGCUGUGGGAAAAGCACGACAGUGCAGCUGAUACAGAGGCUCUAUGACCCUGAUGAGGGUACGAUUAACAUAGAUGGGCAGGAUAUUAGGACCUUUAAUGUAAGGUAUCUCAGGGAAAUAAUUGGAGUGGUGAGUCAGGAGCCAGUGCUAUUUUCUACCACAAUUGCUGAAAAUAUUCGUUAUGGCCGUGGAAAUGUCACCAUGGAUGAGAUAAAGAAAGCUGUUAAAGAAGCCAACGCUUAUGACUUUAUCAUGAAACUACCACAGAAAUUUGAAACCCUGGUUGGAGAGAGGGGGGCCCAACUGAGCGGUGGACAGAAACAGAGAAUCGCCAUCGCUCGGGCCCUGGUUCGCAACCCCAGGAUCCUCCUGCUGGACGAGGCCACAUCAGCCUUGGACACCGAAAGUGAAGCAGAGGUUCAGACGGCCCUGGAUAAGGCCAGAGAAGGCCGGACCACCAUUGUGAUAGCCCAUCGACUGUCUACAAUCCGAAAUGCAGAUGUCAUCGCCGGCUUUGAGGAUGGUGUCAUUGUGGAACAAGGAAGCCACGGGGAGCUGAUGAAGAAGGAAGGGGUGUACUUCAAGCUUGUUAACAUGCAGACAUCAGGAAAUCAGAUGGAGUCAGGAGAAUUUGAUGUGGAACUAAGUAAUGAAAAGGCUGCCAUAGGAAUGGCCCCCAAUGGCUGGACAUCCCGCAUAUUUAGGAAUUCCACCCAUAAAAGCCUUAGGAAUUCACGAAAGUAUCAGAAUGGCCUUGAUGUGGAAAUCAAAGAACUCGAUGAAAAUGUGCCACCAGUGUCUUUUCUGAAGAUCUUGAAGCUGAAUAAAACAGAAUGGCCCUACUUCGUGGUGGGAAUAGCAUGUGCCAUUGCCAAUGGGGCCCUUCAGCCGGCAUUUGCAAUCAUGUUCUCAGAAAUGCUAGCGGUUUUUGGACCAGGGGAUGAUGAAGUAAAGCAGUGGAAAUGCAACAUGUUCUCGUUGCUUUUUUUAGGUCUGGGAAUUAUUUCUUUUUUUACUUUCUUCCUUCAGGGCUUCACUUUGGGCAAAGCUGGUGAGAUCCUCACCACAAGGCUUCGGUUAAUGGCUUUUAAAGCAAUGCUAAGACAGGACAUGAGCUGGUUUGAUGAUCAUAAAAACAGUACCGGUGCCCUUUCUACAAGACUUGCAACUGAUGCCUCCCAGGUCCAAGGAGCCACGGGGACCAGGCUGGCUUUAAUCGCACAGAAUGCAGCUAACCUUGGAACUGGUAUCGUCAUAUCGUUUAUCUACGGUUGGCAAUUGACCCUUUUGCUAUUAUCAGUUGUUCCAAUUAUUGCUUUAUCAGGAAUCGUUGAAAUGAAAAUGUUGGCCGGAAAUGCCAAAAGAGAUAAAAAAGAACUGGAAACUGCUGGAAAGAUUGCAACGGAAGCAAUAGAAAAUAUUAGGACAGUUGUGUCCUUAACCCAGGAAAGAAAAUUUGAGUCGAUGUACGUUGAAAAAUUGUAUGGAGCUUACAGGAAUUCUGUGCAGAAGGCACAUGUCUAUGGAAUUACUUUUAGUAUUUCACAAGCAUUUAUGUAUUUUUCCUAUGCCGGUUGUUUUCGAUUUGGUGCGUAUCUCAUCGUGAACGGACACAUGCGCUUCAGAGAUGUUAUUCUGGUUUUUACAGCUAUUGUGUUUGGUGCGGUAGCCCUAGGACACGCUAGCUCCUUUGCUCCGGACUAUGCAAAAUCCAAGCUGUCUGCAGCCCACUUAUUCAUGCUGCUUGAAAGGCAACCUCUGAUUGACAGCUACAGUAAAGAGGGCCUGAGGCCUGAUAAGUUGGAAGGAAAUGUGACAUUUAAUAAAGUCCUGUUCAACUAUCCCACUCGACCAGAUACCCCAGUGCUUCGGGGGCUGAGCCUGGAGGUGAAAAAGGGCCAGACGCUGGCCCUCGUGGGCAGCAGUGGCUGCGGGAAGAGCACGGUGGUCCAGCUCCUCGAGCGGUUCUACGACCCAAUGGCCGGAACAGUGCUCCUAGAUGGUCAAGAGGCAAAGAAACUUAACAUCCAGUGGCUCAGAGCCCACCUUGGAAUUGUGUCCCAGGAGCCGGUCCUGUUUGACUGCAGCAUUGCUGAGAAUAUUGCCUACGGAGACAACAGCCGGGUGGUGUCACAGGAUGAAAUUGUGAACGCAGCCAAAGCAGCCAACAUCCAUCCUUUCAUCGAGACCUUACCCCGCUGCCAUGCCAUCCUGAUUAGUAGGACGAGUAAGGUUGCAUGGUACGGAUAUACCAGCUCGUUGAGCCAUUCACCUGUUGAAGCCUAUCUACAUUGUGUCUAGGUUUGGCUAUUAAAAUCUCCUAAGUAUUACUGUACAGGUUUUAGCGUGAACUGGAGUUUUUAUAUCUCAGAUACAUGCCACAAGUGCAGUUGCUGGACCAUAUGGUAAUUGUGUGUUCAGUUUUCUAACAAACUGAACUGUUUUCCAGAGUGUACCAUCUUGUGUUCCUACGGCAGGUGUGAAUUACAGCUUCUCUGCAUCUUUGCCAGCAUUUGCUGUUGUAAUUCUGGUAGAUGUGUAGUAAUAACUCAUUGUGGUGGGUUUCCUAAUGAGAAAUGUUGAACAUCUUUUUACAUACUUACAUACUUACUUGGAAAUACAGACUGUAUUUCCUUUUUGGUGAAAUAACUUGUUUUUUUUACUUAUUUUCUAAUUUGAAAAAAAUGUUGAGUUCUGACAGAUACUUACAUAUUUUAGUUAUUAGUCCUUUGUCAAAUACAUAGUUUGCAAAUAUUUUGAGCCAAUCGAUAGCUUAUUUCUUCAUCCUUUAACAGGGUGGGUCCUAUGCAGAGCCAAGUGUUUAAUUUUGAUAAGGUCCAGUUAACACGUUUUCUUUAUACACAUUGUGCACUUGGUAUGAAACAGGGCUAUUUCCCUAGCCCCAGGUCUUGAAGAAUUUCUCCAUCUUUUUUUAAGUUUUAUAUUUUCGGAUAAAGUUUUUCUUUACUGUUUCAAUUUAUUCAUUUGGAGAGGGCAUUAUUCUCUUAUUUGCAUGGUCCCCAACUCUCCCUUGUUAGCUUAUUGUAGCUACUGUGUCUGUAGCCAAAGUGCAUUUAAGUCACUAUGGAUUUAAAAAUGAGAAAAAGUUCAGUGGAACAAUUUUCUCCAGUAGUUGGUAAAGGUGAGUUGUCCUGCAAAGAUUAUUUGAAACUCGAAAGUGAUGGCAGGGAUCAUUAAUCUUGUGUCUCAGCUAGCAUCUCAGGUUCCACUGAAUUAAGCUGAAGUAAAUCUCAACUAUUUUUACCUUUUCUCUUCUGCUGUAACUAACAAUCACAGUCAUACACUGUCAAACCCUCCAUGUUGGUUAACCUUACUCACCCUUAACACCUAGUCAUGGACCCUCAUAUAGAAUUUGAUUAGCAGAAAAGCUAAAGCUUCAGCUCUUCACUGAUAUUGGACUUGAGGAAAUUCACAUUACUGCCUAAGCCCUACAGUACUUUUUUGGCCCUUUAUUCCUUCUGCUUUUUUCCCCCCCAGCCUAGAAUGUUCUUUCUCAAGAUGCAGCUUUCCAACUUCUUUCCUUCAUACACAAAGGUUUCUUUCUUUCAUGUAUCUCUUGUUUGUUCUCCUUUCUCUCCAUAGUUGCUAUUUGCUGCUUCUGAUCUUUCAUACCAUGUUGAAUAUAUUACUCAUUUGGCACCUAUUUGACCUUAAAUAGAGUGCUGUAUAGGUGGCUGAUCUCUUCACAUUAUAAAUUCCUUCAGGGUUAACAACAAAAAAAAGCUGCCUCCAUUUUUAUAUUUCUCACAGUUGUUGGUAUAACAGGUAUUCCAUAAAUAUUUAAGUGAAUGAAUGAGUUGAAAAGAGAAUACACUAGGUUCCAUAUGAAUAUUUAACCUUAAAGUUAAAACUCAAAUAUUUAUAUUUAACCUUUAAAGACUGCAAAGACAUCAGAUCAAUUGGCAUUAUGAGAAUGGUGGGAACUCAAGAAUUUAUUGCUCAAAUUUCUGUUGCAGAACACUAGUGAGAACUAAAGAACUUUCUUCUAGUUUGAUCGUGAUUAAGUGGGGGGAAAAAUUAAAUGGAUCACCACGUAGCUGUUAUGUAAACUUCUGUUUCCAAAUAUUUUUUUCCUGUUAAGCAGAACUGUCAAAUGUUGCAAAGUACAAGUUUAUUCAGUAUACCAUGAAUCAUUUUGGGGGGUUAGGACUUGAUUAACUUUA